AUGGCCGCACCACCACUUAAGUACACUUUGCUGCGUGAAGCAUGCUACUACGAUAGCAUGUAUCAUCUCUUUCACCGGCUCGGCAUUCAAUCGAAUUUUGUCAUUGCAGCCAAGUAUGCACACGCAGAUGACCCUAGCCGCAGCCUCUCGAGACCACUUGUCUUCGCUGCACUGCGGCAGGUGGUAGAGGCACACGCACGGCUUCGUGUCGUGUGUGUUCUCCGCCCUUCACCAAAGGUGGGAAAGCACUGCAUGCACGAAGCCAUGAUCAAUACCCUCAAUCUCGACCAAUGCGUUGAAUUUAUCCCAGACGAUGGACUAGGGGUAGACUCUGAGCUGCUCGAGAAGAUUCACAAUCAGUGGUUGUGGAUAGACGAGGAGCCAACUCGCCCUUGGUGGAAGAUCAUCAUCAAGGGAAACCAUGUAGCGCUCAUCAUGCACCAUGCUGUGGGAGACGGUAAAUCUGGGGAAGUCAUCCACACUGACUUCAUGAACGCCCUUCACUCCAUUGAAGAGCCUGCCAGAGAAGUAAUCGAGGACGAGAAAUUGAUCCAUGGCGACCCAUCCACGCUCGUGUUCCCGCUUGAGCCGACGAGCGCCUCGGAUGCUAAAACCUCCACGGUUGAAGCUGUAUGGAUACAGAUCAAAUUCCUGCUGAUGGCCUUGUUCCUCGGCAGUCGAAUUCUGUUUAGUACACUACCUCGUGCAAAACCUUGGAUCAGAUCCGCCACCGCGAUUGCAGAACCCGCACAGCGUACGGUGACCCGAGUCACCUCGUACCGUAUUGAAGCAUCUCGAAUGUCGAGAAUCCUCAGCGCGUGCCGUGAAAAUAAGACGACAUUUUCGGCCCUUCUUGCAUCCAUGGCACUUGAUACGCUUACCAAUGACUUUUACCCUAGAGCAAUAAUGGGUUGCUCACAGUUCGUGGGCGAUAUUCGCCCGUUCCUGCCCAUGUCAAAAAUUGGAGGCGGCACCAAAGCCGGCACAGUCAUCAAUGCGACGGGAGGUGUCUAG